UGCGCGAGUCCAGGAUUGGUUCAGCCUACUGGCAAUUGUACUGCUGGCUAUUUCUGUGCUGGAAAUGCCUCCGUAUCAGCUCCAAUAGAUGGAAUAACAGGAGAUAAAUGCCCCGUGGGCUUGUACUGCCCUGAAGGAAGCCCUCAACCCAUCACUUGUGAACCAGGUACCUUUACUGAUACAGACACUAACAGUGAGUGUUUAUUGUGUACACCCGGGCACUACUGCAUCACAGGAACCAAUCCUCAAGACUGCCCCGCAGGAUUCUAUUGCCCAGAGGGUACUGGUCAUGUUUGGCAGUCCUGCCCUGCUGGGACAUUUAGUGCCAAUGUAGGCCUAGCGAAUAGCUCCCAGUGUACACAGUGUACUACAGGCUUCUAUUGUUCUGAGACUAAUGCUACAACUGUCACAGGACCAUGUGAUCCUGGGUUCUUCUGUCGCAGUGGCUCUGAUGCUCAACAGCCCACUGGGCUCACAGCUGGUGAUGCCGGUGUAUGUCCCAUGGGGCAUUAUUGUGAAGCACAGACUGGUGAACCCACUGCUUGUCCCCCAGGCACAUUUAACAAUGAUACUGGUCUAGUAAAUGAGGCUUCGUGUCAGCAAUGCCUCCCAGGCCACUAUUGUGACGUUCCAGGCCUCAGCUUUCCAACAGGACUCUGUGACCCAGGGUUCUAUUGCUUCCUGGGAUCCAACAUCUCAAACCCAACAACCAUUGAUGCCACAGGUGGCCCAUGCCCAAGUGGCACUUUCUGCUUAGAGGGUUCAAGUAUUCCUCAAUACUGCCCCGCGGGCUCCUACAGCCCUAUAGCGCAGCAAGCAAACUGUACCGUAUGUCCUGCCGGCUAUUAUUGCCUCAGCGGAAGUAGUAACAUCACUGAAUGCCCCACUGGACACUACUGCUCUCUAGGAACAGAAUUUGACACUCAAUAUCCAUGCUUUAAUGGGAGCUUUAAUAAUGCCACCAAGGGCUCCAGUAUUGAUGACUGUUUGUUGUGUACUCCUGGUUCAUAUUGCCCUGGCCAGGGUCUAACUGAACCAGCAGGUACAUGUGCACCUGGAUUCUACUGCUCUCUUGGAUCAUGGGCUUACAAACCAAGUGUAUUAGGUAAUGACACUGGAUCAGCUUGCAACUGCCCGGCUCAAUCAAUAGGGGGCAUGUGUGUAGCUGGUGAAUACUGCCCCGCUGGUUCAGCCGCCCCUGUGCCAUGUGACCCAGGCUUUCAUUGUUUAACGGACGAAUUGGAUGCUGUCAGUGGACCAUGUCAGGCUGGAUAUUUCUGCAAUGGAAGUACUAUAUUACCUAACCCUGUUGACGAGACAACAGGGGAUAUAUGCCCUAAAGGUCAUUACUGCCCAGAACAAAGUUCUGCACCUAUAGCAUGUGAUCCUGGUUACUAUAGCAAUGCAUUCGCCAAUCAGAAUGUGUCAAAUUGUUUGCUGUGUACGGCAGGAAUGUAUUGUUCUAGCUAUGGGUUACCACUACCUGAUGAUCAAUGUGAUGAAGGCUGGUUUUGUCCGGAAGGUGAAACAACACCUCAACCCCCUGGAAAACAAUGUUUAGCUGGGCACAGGUGCCCAAGAGGAAGUCCCAUGCAGUACCCCUGUGAGUCUGGAGAAUACCAACCCCUCCCUGGAGAAGGGGAGUGUCUAUCCUGUCCCCCAGGGAAAUACUGUGACCGCAAUGAUGCAAUUUCUGAGAAUCAAAGUGGUGCUGGGGCCCCCUCUCAUGGUGUUGUGACCCCCAAAGAUUGCCCAGCUGGAUUCUACUGUCCAAAUGGAACCGAAACUGCAAGAGCUAAUCCAUGCCCCGUUGGAACAUAUAGUAACACCACAAUGUUAGAGAAUGCUACAGAAUGUCGGUUAUGUCCUCAGGGCCAUUACUGUGAGGCUGUUAACAUUACAGAACCAACUGGACUCUGCAGUCCUGGUUUCUAUUGUGUCCUAGGUGCUAUCAACCCUAUACCAGCUGAUGCCUCAGAGGGUGGUGGCCCUUGCCCCCAGGGAACAUACUGCGCUGAAGGCUGGGACUGGCCUACCCCAUGUCCUAAAGGGACAUAUGGUGAUAGGGCUGAGCUCCCUGGCUUGUCUGACUGUACUUUGUGUCCCCCUGGUGAAUUCUGCGCCCAGAGUGGCCUAUCAGCUUCCAAUGGAUCAUGCCUUGGUGGGUUCUAUUGUAGCAACGCGUCACAAUCAGCUAACCCAGUAGGAGAGCUAUACGGAGAUGAGUGCCCCGCUGGGUACUUCUGUCCAGAAGGUAGCUAUAUGCCCAUUGCAUGUCCUCCUGGUACAUACAACCCCAACAAGCAGAUGGUGGAUGAUACAGCAUGUAAUCCCUGUGAUGCUGGUAUGUAUUGUGGUGGGAGUGGACUAGCUAAUGUAUCAGGCCCCUGUGACGCAGGAUUCUACUGUACAGGUGGUAGUAACACAUCAGCACCAACAGAUGGCACCACUGGUGAUAUCUGCCCAGCUGGGUCAGCAUGCCCUGAAGGUUCCUCUAUUCACAAGUUCUGUGAAAAUGGCACUUAUACUAAUCACACUGGUGCAUCUGUUUGCUAUGAAUGUCCUCCUGGAUUUUAUUGUACCAAUAGAGACCGGGCUGAUGAGUGCCCCACAGGACACUACUGCCCACCUGGAACUGGGGCUGAUAUCAUGCCUUGUCCAGCGGGCACAUACAACCCAAUCACUGGGCUACACAACAUAACAGAGUGUACUCAAUGUGAUGGUGGGAGCUAUUGUCUGACCCCUGGCCUGAGCGCAGUCUCCGGGAACUGUACCCAGGGAUAUUAUUGCACCUCAGGAGUGGAUCUAGCCACACCCACUGGAGGCCACACUGGAAUUGGAGAUAUAUGCCCCACUGGAUAUUAUUGCCCAGGUGGCACCACUGAACCUAUUCCUUGUGCCCCAGGGACAUAUGCGGAAAAUGAGGGUCAACCUCUGUGUAAUGCUUGCCCUGCUGGGUACUACUGUCUUGUCAACUCUACCACUUACACACACCAGGUGUGCCCAAGUGGGUACUACUGCCCACAGGGUACCAGACACUCCUUUGAGUUUCCCUGUCCAAAAGGCAGCUACAAUCCAGCUACACAGAGCACAGGGCCUGAGGAUUGCUUGGCGUGUCCUCCAGGAGAAUAUUGUGAAACUGAUGGAAUGUCAGCUACAAGUGGUGACUGCAGUGCAGGCUGGUAUUGCACAGGAGGCUCCUUCCAGAACCAACCAAUAGCCAGCUCUAAUGUAUCUGAUUGGUCGGAUUGUUCCUGUCCAAAUCUCAACUACACAGGAGGUCGAUGCUACCCAGGAUACUACUGCCCUAUAGGCUCUCAUUUCCCAGUAUCAUGUGAUGGAGGUUCAUAUUGUGGAACUUAUGGGCUUGCCUUACCAACAGAUCUUUGUGAUGCGGGCUACUACUGUGAUGGAAAUGCCUCAGAAGCCAAUCCAGCUGACAAGAUAUGUCCGCCAGGAUAUUACUGUGAGAGUGGAUCAGCAACACCAACCCCAUGCCCUGCGGGUACAUUUUCUAAUGACGAGGGGAAUGUGAAUGUGACUGACUGCCAGCCUUGUACUCCAGGAUAUUACUGUAGUGGCACGGCCAACACAAAUGUAUCAGGUCCUUGUGCUCCAAUGUAUUACUGUCCUGCUGGUCAGGAUACAGCCACCCCUGUGGAGUACAACUGCACUAUUGGCCACUACUGCCCUGGUGAAACAGGGCUCCCCAUAGCAUGCCCCAAUGGCACUUAUCAGAAUGAAGAAUCAACCAGUGUGUGUAAGGACUGCCCAGAAGGAAGGUAUUGUGAUACAACAGAGUCAUCUAUAGCAUAUGGUGUUCCUGGGCACGGAGUAGUGAUACCUAGUGACUGCCCAGCAGGUUACUAUUGCCCUCUUAACACUCAGAGUGCCCAUCAAUACCCUUGCCCACAAGGAACAUUCAGCAAUGUAACCUUGCUGCAGAGGGAAGACCAGUGUCUACCAUGUACUGGAGGCUAUUACUGUGACAGUCUAGGGCAAACAAGUCCCACCAACCAAUGUGACGCAGGAUUUGCUUGUGUGUCUGCUGCAAAUAGUUCAACGCCAACAGAUGGCAGCACAGGCUAUGCUUGUCUCCCAGGUUACUACUGUCCUAAAGGCAGUGACCAGGGCACAAAAUGUCCUGCAGGGACUUUCAGUAAUAACUAUGGACUUGAAAAUGUGACAGAGUGUCAGGAUUGCACCCCUGGGAUGUACUGCCAGACUGAUGGACUAACCACGCCCACUGGCAACUGUACUGCAGGGCACUACUGUCAACUUGGGGCAAUAGAUCCCAAUCCAGUGGCUCAAAGUUAUGGGGAUUACUGUUGGGCGGGUCAUUAUUGCCCAGAAGGGACUGCCACGCCCCUACCCUGCCCCAGAGGGACAUUCCUACCUGAUACACAGAGGCAAGAUAUCAGCCAAUGCCUUAACUGUACUGGAGGAAGUUACUGUGAACAACAAGGCAUGACUAAUGUCACAGGCAAUUGCACUGAGGGAUACUAUUGCUAUAGUGGAGCUAGUACAGCCACCCCUACAGAUGGCACCACUGGGGAUAUAUGCCCCUUGGGUAGUUACUGUCCAACUGGAACACCCUCACCAAUACCCUGUGAUGAUGGUUACUACAUGAAUCAUACCCAAGCAGCUCUCUGUGACAUCUGUCCACCACGCUAUUAUUGCGUCAACAAGGACCGUGCUGACCCCUGCCCAGAGGGAAAAUACUGCCCUGGGAAUACUGGCUUUAACUGGGAACUCUGCCCUAAGGGGACCUAUGGACCAACUGAGAUGUUAUCCUCAGAUGGGGAAUGUACACAAUGUGAUGGAGGGUCAUAUUGUAAUGUAGCAGGGUCUAAUGUUGUAUCUGGACCUUGUUCCCCAGGCUACUACUGCCAGUGGGGAGUGGACACGGCUUCCCCCAGUAACAACAACACAGGAUCUGGAGAUGGCUGUCCUGUGGGUCACAAGUGUCCAGGAGCCACCCAGGAUCCCAUUGGAUGUCCCCCAGGGACCUACAAUGACCUGACCCACCAACCAGAUUGUCAAGCAUGUGUAGCAGGCUACUUCUGUCUUGCCAACAGUACAACAUACAUCAACACGCCCUGUCCACCAGGUUCUUACUGCCCCGAGGGAACACAAUCAGCCAAUCAGUAUGAAUGCCCUGCAGGAACUUAUAACAAC